UGAAUUAAGGUGGCUAUGUUAGAUCAAACUUUGUUGGACUUUUCCAGCGACCUUCACAUGCUGAAUAAACCGACUGAGACCACGUUGCGCGAAGAAAAGAUAUUCGAGCCAAAAAUGCCAAACAUCAAAAUUUUCGGAGGAAGUUCGCAUCUGGAACUGGCCAAGUUGAUAGCUGAAAGACUUGGCUUGGAACUCGGAAAGACAAAGUUGAAAAAGUUUUCCAACCACGAAACCAGUGUUGAAAUUAGAGAAUCAGUUCGUGGUGAAGAUGUUUAUAUUAUACAAAGUGGAUGUGGAGAUAUAAAUGACAAUUUAAUGGAGCUUUUAAUCAUGAUAAAUGCAUGCAAGAUUGCAUCAGCUCAGCGUGUUACUGCAGUCAUUCCCUGCUACCCAUAUGCAAGACAAGACAAGAAAGACAAGAGUGGAGGGGAGCUAGUUGGAGCUUCUAUGAGUAGAGCACCAAUUUCCGCAAAACUGGUUGCAAAUAUGCUGUCUGUAUCUGGUGCUGACCACAUUAUAACAAUGGACCUUCACGCUUCACAAAUUCAGGGCUUCUUUGAUAUACCAGUUGACAAUCUGUAUGCAGAACCAGCUGUGUUAAAGUGGAUACGAGAUAAUAUUCCAGAGUUACAGAAGUGUGUCAUAGUUUCACCUGAUGCAGGUGGUGCCAAAAGAGUAACAUCAAUAGCAGACCAGCUUAAUGUUGACUUUGCUUUGAUUCACAAAGAGCGGAAGAAAGCAAAUGAAGUGGCCAGUAUGGUGCUAGUUGGCGAUGUUCGUGAUAAGGUAGCUGUUCUGGUAGAUGAUAUGGCUGACACGUGUGGAACUAUGAUGCUGGCAAUUAGCAAAUUAAGAGAGGCUGGGGCGCUCAAAGUAUAUGCAGUGUGUACCCAUGGCAUCUUCUCGGGGCCAGCAGUCAGCAGAAUAGCAGAGUCAGAUGGCGAAGCUAUUGUAGUGACGAACACUAUCCCACAGGAAGAGAAAGCUAACAAGUGCAGCAAAAUCAAGGUGAUUGACAUUUCGCCGAUACUUGCCGAAGCCAUCCGCCGAACUCAUAACGGGGAAUCGGUGUCUUAUCUAUUUAGUAACGUCCCUCUAUAAACCAUGAAUUCAGAAAAACAAACUCGUUACAUUAGGACAGCUUUUCAAUCCAUUGCCAUUUGUCACAAUCUAAAGGUAGUGCCAUAGGCCCAUAUGGUUGCAGCUUUAGUGUUUUGCAGCCCAUGGACCAUCCGAGUAGUUUAAUUCCUUGAGGGGUUUAAAGUAUAAUUGUUGCAGUAUGAAAUCCUUGCCAUUCCUUGGAACAUCCUGUGGCAAGGACACAGUUUUGUAUAAUGAACAGUUUCCGGUUAGAGUAUUAGAAAUCGCUACCCCCCCUCCCCCCUCCUAACAAUGUUUAUUAGUUUAUUAUAGA